GGCUGCGCGGUGCGGCGCGGCGCGGCGCAGGCAGGGCGCGGAGGAGGCAGCGGCGGCAGCUUGCUCGUGCGCGGGGAGUCGGCUCGUCCCGGUCGUUCGCCCGCUCCGUCUAGACUGGUAUCCGGUGACCGGCGCCAUGGAGGGUGAGCAGAUGCUGGAGGGACAGACGCAGGUGGCAGAGAACCCUCACUCCGAGUACGGCCUCACGGACAACGUGGAGAGGAUAGUAGAAAAUGAGAAGAUUAAUGCAGAAAAGUCAUCAAAGCAGAAGGUGGAUCUACAGUCUUUGCCAACUCGUGCCUACCUGGAUCAGACAGUUGUGCCUAUCUUAUUACAGGGACUUGCUGUGCUUGCAAAGGAAAGACCACCAAAUCCCAUUGAAUUUCUGGCCUCUUAUCUUUUGAAAAAUAAGGCACAGUUUGAAGAUCGAAACUGACUUGGGAAGAAAAGAAAACUUUGGUUGCUGCUGUAGAUUGACACAGUUACAAGGCAGCUCGAAUUGCAGUGAUUUGUCCCUUUUUCCAAUGUAUAUGAAUCUUCAGGACAACAGAACUUAUUUCUGGAGUUGCAGAAGAGAACAUAUUUCCCUUAUUUUGAUUAAUCACCAUACUUAUUUAAUGAGCGUCAACUGUGCAAUUUUUUUCUCAGAUCGUCUUUUACUUUGUUUCUAAGAUGACCUUCAAAAUAAACCAUCAAAACACCAUUA